UCUGGUCGCCUGUGCCAGGCUGUGCGCACUCACUCACUCACCUUCCUCCUUGCCCACUCGCUUCUGCCGCUCGGCCGGCUCGGCGAGCGAUCCGCUGUCCGUGCGCCUCUGCGGAUUGAUGCUGGAAUUGCUGAAUGGUGAAGCGGCCGUAGGUUUAGGAGACAAGCGACGGCGCCGGGCCACCUUCCCCGACCGCGACCACUUCGCCGAGCCAGCGGACAUGGCACUCGACCCGGAGAAGCGGGAGAGAAUCGUCUACAAGCUGGUCUUGACCGGCGGGCCAUGUAGUGGGAAGACAACAGGCCAAGCAAGACUCUCAACAUUUUUCGAGAAUUAUGGCUGGAAGGUGUAUCGUGUGCCUGAGGCCGCCACUGUCUUGCUCAGUGGCGGUGUGCGAUUUCCUGAUCUGACGCCUGCUGAAGUUGAAAGGUUCCAAGAGAAUCUCCUUAAAACUAUGAUGUCGAUGGAGGAGACAUACUUUGACUUGGCCAGGACCAGUGGCAAGAACUGCCUCAUUAUCUGCGACCGUGGUACCAUGGAUGCCUCUGCAUUUGUCAGCAAAGAGAUUUGGGAGAGGAUUGUCAAAGCUCACAGCUGGCAUACGGUGGACCUCAGGGACAACCGCUACAACCAGAUUGUUCACCUGGUUUCAGCCGCCAAUGGAGCAGAGGAAUUCUACAAUACUGAAGACAACAGCUGCCGUACAGAGGGCAUCGAGCUGGCACGGGAGCGAGACAAGCUGGCAGCUCAAGCAUGGAUUGGUCACCCCUAUAUGGAUGUCAUCGACAAUUCCACAGACUUUAAUACCAAAGUGCGUCGGCUGAUAGAGUCUGUCUGUCGGCGAAUUGGUAUUGAAAUUGGUGAUCGGUUAGCCACCAACAGCCACAAAGCCAAGUUUCUUGUCGGCUCCAUGCCACCAGACAGUGCAUUUCCCUCCUAUCAAGAUUUUGACGUUGUCCACGAUUAUCUCAUCACCUCGAAUCCUAAGGCGCAGUCCCGGCUUCGUAAGAGGGGGCAGCAUAAUUGCUGGAGCUACAUGCACACAAUACGGAAGUCUGACAUCAACAGCCAGACCAUUGAGCUGAAGCGUCAGAUCACUCACAGGGACUAUAUUAACAUGCUGGCCCAGCGAAAUGACUCGCACUACACGGUAUACAAGGUGCGCCGCUGUUUCCUCUGGAACCACAUGUACUUUCAGCUGGACAUCUACAAGAAGCCUUGCCACUCCAGGUGUGAAGGCCUCAUGCUACUAGAGACGUACACGACACACAGUCCCGAAGAGCUCCCACAGCUGCUGCCUCCGUUCCUUGACAUCCGUAAAGACGUGACCAGCGACCCCAACUACUCCAUGUUCUGCCUCUCGUACAAGGGGGACAAGCCGCCGACACCCAUCUUCAACUGCAUCACCAAUGGCCACCGGGCACCUGUCACCAACUCGGUCAUUUCCGACGGCACAAACUCCCCCGCCUACGUCACCGCCAGCAACCUCAAAAUAGGGAGCACCAAAUCCGCGUAGAGGCGUGGCCAUUUUUCCGUUGCACCUCACGCCCCCGCACGACAGACUACCGACAAGAUGGCAGGAAACAGAUGUCUGUAGCCUGCCCAACAGUCUAACCGCCAGACAAACACGAGGCGUUGCUCGUGCUGAAAUUCACUGUACAAAAGCAUGCAAGGGCUGCUGCACCUUUUGUAAUACUUUGAUUGUGAUUAUUUUAAAUGCAACGCGUAACAGAAAUAUUCUAACAUUGUGAUGUGGCUGUACGACCGUUUAAAUAGUCGCUGAUUCUGCAGCUCGACAGAUGGCGACAGCAGCACCGUUUGUUGUACGCUGUAUGGAUUCAUGGUUGUAGCACAGAAAUGUGCUGUGAGCCACGGGACUCACAGGCUGCACCUUGCACAACAGUGUCAGAAUUGACGGAAAUUCAUGGCAAUGGCAUGGGGGAAUCUCCAUGUGCCUCGGCAAAUUUCAUAUUCUAGUAGUUCAACAUCGAUAAUUUUCAUUGUUUGUUCGCACUAUGGGUGUGUGGCCUUUGCACGCGAUUUUAUAAUGGGUGUCGUUUCUGCCAGCAGUGCAGGUGCCAUGUUGCCUGCUGUCUGGGCACGGUAAACUCUGGAGUGGAAUGGAAUUACGUGCAGUGUCUGGACUGCUGGUCUCCAUGCCAUUUAGUUUUGCUGUUGCCAAUUGCUGGUGUCACCCGCAGUUGUACGCAAUGUUUCAUCCCUUGACGAUUUCAACGGCUGUUGGCUCCCAACCUUUUGGCAAAGGGCAUACCACUUUUAUUUGCACGCUACUCUGCAAGCUGAUUUCGUUGCAUCUCUUAGUUAACGUUGACUUUGGCUUUACCACAGCUGGUUGUGUUCCUUCCUUGUAUACAUUUUAAUUUCAUUUUUUAUUCAUGCACACUAAUAAUGUGAGCGUAUUGGCUUGCAAGUUCUUAGCAGAUUUUGCAAAGUUCUUUAAGGAGAUCAAGUGAGCUUACUUCGUUUUAUAGUGGUUAUGAUGUUUCUUUGAAGUUUUUAUUACUGCCAUUGUUAUCUUUACUGUUUGGAUUGGGACAGGAGGUAGCACCUUCACCACUUACUGAGCCCUAGCCAAGCUUGAGUUGGUCAAUGAGUAAAUUAUUUUUCCAUCUGCAUUUAUAGCAAAACUGAUGCGUUUAAUGUGAGCUUAAUGCACACAGUCAUGCAUACAUGUCUUGUUAGCCUGUAAAUCUUCAGUUAGAGUAGACGCAGUUGGUUGCACUUUUUUUUCUGUCUCUCUAUCCACUAUGUAGAUCAGUGUCAUUAGGCAGAGGUUGUUGUUUUGCCUAUAGUAUAUAUAGCUUUCGUUGCGCAUUACAGGCACAUUACUGGCUGUUUCAUAAUAUUGCCAGUACGCCUCGUGCGGCCCCAUUUAGUGGCCAGCAGUUUCGCAGUAGGUAAUUUCUGCAUAGAAAGCACGCUGUAACGUUGAUGCCGUUCUAUGUGGCCAGGGUGGUUGCCUCUGCAAUGCCCAUGUACGGGCCAUGGCUGAACCAACAACACAUUAUAUGUGGUGAUGCCUCGUUCAUCUGACCCGAUCUGCAUAUGGUGCGACUUUGCUGCACAUUAAGGGCAACAGGGCAAGCCCUACUCGCUUUUAUGUGCCUCCUGUUUUUGACGUACUUGCCAUGAAAUGCAACCCUUCUUUUCUUUCUUUGUUUCUUUAGCUGUUCUUGACAUGUGAAGCCUAACUUUACCUGUGUACGUUUGUUAUGUUCCUCGUUAGGACCAUUGUGAAGCAGCUGUGAUGAUACAGUUAAGGUAUUAGCGUUUGACCCUGUGGUUGUUUCUUGAGCGUGAGCUCUUGGAGAGUGAAGCAUCGUGUGGUGCGAGGUGAUACAUUUCCACUGGUGUGGUAUCAUUGUACUUAGGUUUACACUCUGUUAAAACGGUUAUUGACUUUGAAUAGGACAUUGGUGAUUGGAAAGACUGCAGUAGAGUUAGCCUCAGACUCUAUGUAACUGCACUGUCCGGAUCUAGGGGCAGAUUCUGGUUGUUCUUGGAACGGAGGAGGUGCACGUUGUGUACAGACUGUUCAGCCAAGUGAGCUGGCACCAGAUUUCCUGCUGGUGCAGAGGGAAAGUUCAGACAACGGUCAGCACCCUCGGAAUCUGUCUCCGGUCGUAAUAUUUCCAAUCCUAAAUGUAAACGGUCGCAGCUUCAAGACUGGGCGGAGCUUUUAUAUCCUCUUCAGGUGCUUUGUCUGCGAUUGUACGCACCAAUAUACGCCAAUAUAAUGCGUCAGUAUCACAGAUAUUGAAUAUAAUGAUCAAAGCACGAUGCUGCGUGCAUUGUAUAACAUUGCUGGUUUGACCUGUUCUGCAAUAUUGUCUCUCUGCUUGUUGAUAGCACCAUUACUUGGUCAUGUGUCGGUAUCUUCAGGCUUCUCUAGCAACAGUUCUUAUCAGGCAAGUUUUUAAAGAAGCUGGAUGUUUUUAUGUACACCACAUGUGAAAUGAUUUUUAGUGUUCAGCCUUGAGAAGCCGACAUUUAUGGCUGUAUAAUCAUGCGAAAAUGCAGAACUUAAAUUUUUUUUCAUUGCCCUGUGUUUUAACAACACAGAAUGUGCAACUAAUGCAUUAAAGCUGAUGAUUUAACGUAUAGAAUUAACUGAUGUCCGAAGGUGGAUAUAGUGCAGUAAAAAUGUGUUGCAGAUUAACCAUUAAGUUUCAAUUUCAUCCCUGAGUUGCACAGUUUUCGGUUACCUCACCUGAUGGUUCCCGAGACUUGCAACUGAUGCCGUGCCUUACCUGUCAUUGCUAAAUUUUUGUUAUAUCGUUCUGGGGCAAGACUGUUAUGGAGGAACAUGUGCACAAGCAAAUGAUAUUUAGAUUUUUGUGCCGUAACAAGCGAGAACACAGAUUUUUAAUGGCUUGUGCACUUAGGACGUUGGUAUCAUUAUUAUAGCUGUAGCAGUUUCUUCUGUUGCCACACUUCACCAGCAUUGCGUAUUGUGCUGCAAUCUUGUCUAGUCCAUCUUUCUCCCCACCGAAUAUGAUUGUGACGCUUUAGUUUGUUGUAAUCGAGAUCUGCAAGUUCCUUGGCAUUCUGAGUACUUAGAUCUGACAUGUUUUUCUUUCUGAAAGGUAUAUAUAUUAUUAACAGCAUAGAAUGUCUGCAACUGCAGUUAGUUUUGAAGUUGACUGACUUGAUCUGAACGGUGAUCUAGUUUGUCUGGCGAUAAAGUAUCAUUUGGUACAAGUAUACAGGCACUGCAAUGCAACACUGUCUAAUUUGCUAUCCCGUUUUUGUUAAUAGCACAGUACUUUUGUUGUGCAAAAGUUAUGCGUCACACAUGCCGCUUGUAAAUGUGUGCAAUAGUAUUUACACGAUGAUAGAUGUUGACCUAAGUGCACUAAAAUACGCUGGAUUGCUUUGCGAAUGCAUUUAGUAUUGAUUUUUCUGAUUGUACUUACGUGCAGUUUUAUGUAGUACAUAUCUGAGUUAAGCUAUUGUGGACUUGCAUGCCUCUUUGCAAGUUGUUCCAGUCCCGUAUUAAAAUUGUGUUCCGAUCUCUCUUUUUCGUCAGACUGUGUUGUGAUAGUGGAGAAGUCAUUCUCACGCUUACUACUGCAGAAACAUUGUGUUACCGGAGUCGGAACUAUUUUCUUUUUUGUUCUGAUGUCCGCAGUUGAUGUUCUUUAGAUGUCUCCACCUUUGUUGGAUAUAUAUGAUGGCAUUGAUGAUUAAAUGGAGUGCACCAA